GCCUCCACGACGAUGGAAUCUCCCGAAGUCGCGAUGGAGUACGCUCAUGAUGGGCCCAGAUUUGCUACUGGGCUUAUUCUUCCGCCUCCUGACAUAAAAUCUGUCAUCGACCGGACCGCUCUUUUCGUCGCGCGGUCUGCAGACCCGCCUCAAUUUGAGGACAAGAUUCGCGAGGGGCAACGUUCCGACCCGAAGUUCUCUUUCUUGAACCCUGCCGACCCAUACCACGGUUAUUAUCGCCACAAGAUGGAUAGAAUAUCCAAAGGAGACCUUGGAGACGAAGCGAAAGAAAAGCAAGAGAACGGAGAAUCAGAAAGCUUUGCAGAGCCUAUAGACAUAGGUAUUCAGCCUCCCCCACCAGAAUUUGUGUUGGACCUCCCCAACAUAAGCUCGAUUGACCUGGACAUUCUAAAACUCACUGCGCUGUUUACUGCCAGACGGGGUCGCACAUUUCUGGCUUCUCUAUCUGCCCGUGAAGGCCGCAACUACCAGUUUGAUUUCCUGCGACCAACUCACUCCCUUUUCGGCUAUUUCAACCGGUUGGUGGAGCAGUACACCAAAGUUCUUCAUCCUAAUAAGGAGAUGCUGGAACAGCUCAGAAGUCGUACAGAAGUAGGUACGAAAUGGACGGCGCUCGAAAUCGCGAGACGCCAUGCCAAGUGGGAGAAGCAUAAGCGAGAACAAGACAAGAAACGGCAGGAUGACCAGGAGGCUGAACGAAUCGCGUUUGCUGAGAUUGACUGGCACGACUACCACAUUGUGCAAACCAUUGAGUUCACUGGUGCAGAUGCCAACUCUGAACUGCCUCCUCCUAUGAGUGUCCAAGAAGUGGAGAACAUGACACUCGCUCAAAAACGCAUGGCUGCCAUGAUCAUGGAAAACACUGCAGAUGACAUUGAGGCUCAUCGUGCGAAACAGGCAGCGGCCGAGGCUGAGGCGGCAGCAGCCGUUGGUGGCGAUAUGGAUGCACCAAUGGAAGAGAGCGAUGAUGAAGAACCGUCAGUGGAGAGGUUACAAAGAGAGGCAGAAGAACGUCGCAAGGAAAUAGAGCGGGCUACAGCGCUCCAGGCAAGUUCUAUGAAUCCAGCAGGCCCAAUGAAAAUCAGAACCAAUCACGUUCCCAAACUUGGCGCAAGAAAUAAGGAAACGAUGACAAGCUGUACAAUUUGCGGCCAACAAAUCCCCGUCGACGACCUUGAAGAACACAUGCGAAUUGAGCUUCUUGAUCCUAAAUGGAAGGAGCAGCGCAACGCUAUCGAAGCGCGUAAAGCUCAAGCAUCCGAAUUACAAAGCGGCGCCAACGUUGUUUCUGCGCUCAAAGGUUUGGCGAGGACCAGAGUGGAUAUUUUCGGUGGUGAGGGUGAUGAAGAGCGACGUAAAAAGGAAGAAGAAGAAGAGCGAGAGAAGCGAAAAGAGCGAGAAAAGGUUGUAUGGGACGGUCAUACAAAUUCCAAGACGAACACAAUGGACAAGUUUUCAACAAACGUCAACUUCGAUGAACAAAUCGCCGCUAUCCAUCGAGCCAAAGGCCUGGGUCCACAAGAGAUCAAUGCGAUUGGGCCAGGAAUUGGAACUGCUGCUGCUCCACCUCCUUUGAGUUCUUCACUUCCAGCACCACCAGCCUCAUUACCGGCUCCCCCCGCCAGUCAACCUGGAGCAUACCCUGCUGCUACUAUUUCUUCUGGCCCCCAACCCUCGUCAGCUUACCCACCACCCGUUAUGCUACCUCCUUUACAUUAUCAGCCUAUGGACUCCGCUCAGCCAUUUGGCUAUCAGCCUCCACCUCCCGGCCAGUCUAUGCAUCCAUCACGUGCUGCCGCUCUCGCCGCUGCUAACGGAGUACUGGCCGCUCAAGCAGGACAGGUUCGAACUGCUGAUGAAAUGGAAGGAGCUACAGACGAUAUUCCUCCCGCUAAACGGCAGAGAGUAGCCAAGUUGCCUAAUGGCCAGCUUUACUCGGAAGCAGAUUGGUUGACCAGCCAUCCGCAUCCUAUAUCACUGCAGAUUCAGUUGCCCUUGGACGACACAAAGCCAGAAUGGAAGUUGGACGGCAGUGUGGUCACCAUUCCUGAUCUUCCUCUCAACUUGCUUGUCUCAACUCUUCGGGAUCGCAUUUUGUUGCACACAGGCAGCAAUGUCGGUGUUUCCCGAAUCCGGCUAUCAUACCAGGGCAAGAUGCUCAAUAACAAAGACACGAUCGCUCUUUACAACUUGGAGGACGAGGAUCUACUUGUGUUGAGCGUUCGAGACGCAAAAAAGGAAGUAGACGCAUUAAUACCUUAUCGUACUUUUUUGUGGGCAUUAUGA